UAAAUUUUUAUAAGCAAAAGAAACAUCUUUUGCUGUGUAAUUUUUAAUUUCGUACUAUUGUGAUAAGGUAAGGCAACCCUCUUGGCAUUUAUUUCAGAUAUUCAAAUUGAAAAAAUUAGACGCAGGCAUUCUUUUAUUCUUUCAAUACAUAAAUUGAAUAUUUUUAAUAAAAUAUACAUAUUCUUCCUGAACUACAGAUUUCGCUCAAGUGGUACCGUGUAGUAACAAUUCAAUAGAAGCAAAAUGGUGAACAAAAGUUGCAUCGUGGGAUGUCCAUUGGGAUGUCCUUUAUAUGUAUUCCCUCCGUUGGGAGAAAUGACCAGAAACCAAUUUUCCAAUUAACGGACCAGAACGGGCGGCGUAAAUGGCUCCAGUUGUUGGGUGUGGUGGGCCCAACAGCGAAACAUAUUUUCGCCUGCCAGAGGCAUUUUUCCCAUCAGAUGAGAAGUAGCCGAGGCCUUCACAAAUGGGCAGUUCCCGAUAUUAAUUUAAGAUUAUAUUCGCCCGCAGUGACAGCUAGUAGGGAAAAUGAGAUUACUGAUAGGAAUGUAUCAGGCAGUUUAGUUGAAGACGUACAAGGAGUCAUAGAAGUAGGAGUUGAAGAUUUUCAGCCAAGUUUCGAUUCUAUUAUAGAGAUUGAUAGCGAAAUUUUGGAUUCGAGCGCUGACCCUGUAAUAGAACUUGGCGUUGAGGAUUUUCUGCCGAUACCUUUUUCGCCCGUAGCAGCAGAUAGCGCCUCGACUUCAAAUUGCGAAUUAUUUGAGGUAGAGGCAUCCUUUGAAAAAUCCCUUCAAUCCCACCAGGGUGAAGAAGACACACCUUCUUCCUCUUUAGGUUGGCUCCUUAACAUUAAUAGUUUACGACGACGUAAAGCCCGAGUUCGAAAGUUGUGCCCCUCGAGCUGGGUGGCUUCUUGUCGUCUGCUCGAACGCUCAAACAGCGACGUGGCUAAAAUCGAACGUCCAGCUUAUCAAGACCAAGUGUGGUAUGGACGUUAA